UUUUAUCGUCUUCUUUCCACUCUGGUAACAGAUACCAUGGCUUCCUCUCUCCUGCACUUCCUCACUCACCCAACCCAUCUCCAUCGACUCCAAAGGCAAUCUAAACCCGACCCUCAACGUAAAUCUCCAUUCUUUCACAUCAAAUGCACUCAAAACUCCAACCCAACUCCCAAUCAACCUGAUGAAUCCAAUUUUCCGAGUCCGAGCUCCCAUACAACGAUCAGCACAGACAAAUUUCCAAUUGAGAAGCGCAGAAGAUCGGAGAUUAUCCGGGAAAGAAAAUUGAAGACGGAACUGGAAAAGGCAGAGCCACCAAAUUUUGAGAUUGGGUGGAAGAGGACAAAGCAGAUAACUUUGGAGAAGCCGAAGGGAUGGGUGAUAAUGGACUUCUUGGAGAAGCUGGAGGGGUUGAUGGGAAGGGAGUUUGGAUCAACGGAGCUGUUGGCAAAGGCGGGAGAGAUAGUGGCAGAGAGGGCGAGGGAGGAGGCGGAAGUGUUAAGAGAUGAAGGGAAAGUAGAGGAGAGAAUGGUGACUGAGUUGUCAAGGGUUUUGAGGUUGAUGGAGAUGGACUUGGCGAUGGUAAAGGCAGCAGUGAAGCCAGAGACGUUGAGCGAGCGGCUAGAGCAGGCAAAGGCACGGUGCAGGCAAGCUAUUUUGGUCGCCAAUUCUUUCUGAAUGUAGAAAUUUUGAUGUAAAUCAUCAACCUGUAAUACUUGAUAGAGUAUUAUGUGCAGAAGUUGUUUAGUCUAACCAAAACAAUCUCAUUGUCAGGGUUCUCAAACUCCCUGCUCAUAACAUGCCGAAUUGCCAUUUGGACAAUACAUCAAACAUCAGACU